GCUUUUCUCCGAGCGCCGCGAAGCUUUGCUCGGCUACCGCUGGCUUUGCCUGCCCGCCCAGCGCUGGAUCCUGGGGUGGUCGCGGGUACUCUCAUCCGCGGAGUUCCCCGUUUUGCCGAGCCAGACGGACGCGUGUCCAUUCUCCGGAGCUCCAGACGUCUCGAAGACCGGGUUCGACGGCCGACCUGCAGCUCGGGACCCGGACCGUGGAGUUAUCCUGCAUCUUCCCCUCUCUUCGUCCCUCUCUUGCGCCACCUUCGAAUGGUUUGCAGCCUUUCCACGGGGAAAAGGGACUCCACGUGGCUUUUUCUUCCCUUCGCAGAGUUUCCAAACUGGCACCUGUCUGUCUUCUGAAGCCUCGUCGCUUUCUUUCCGCUGGCAAAACUCGCUUCUGCAUCCACCGUCCACGCCCGGACAAGGUUUAAUUCCACUGUCUACUCUUCUGAAGCCUCUCCGCUGUUGGCAUCCCCAUUUCUUCCUCCAGGCAUUCCCUCUCCCGAUGAUUUCCUUUGAGAAAUUCCUCAAUUCCAUCCUGCACCCACUCAAGUGAACUGCUCCCUACCUGCCUCAAAGAACACGCCCCUUGUGUAGGUCCAUCCCCCCACUUUCUCUUGUCUCCUCCAAGGCUCAGCAUUGACCGUGAUGAAAGAAGUGGGCAAUCAAGUCAACAACUCCACCAACAACUCUAUUUGUGACAUUGAUGAUUUGUGCCCAGUUAAUAUAGAUUUCACCCAAUGGUUCCUGCCCACUUUCUACCUCAUCCUCUCUGUCUUGGGUCUUUUGGGGAAUACGUUGGGCUUGUGGUCCUUGUGCAGAAGCUCACGGAAGAAAAGUUGGAACCCUUUCAAUGUGCUAUUGUGUAACUUAGCAUUUGCAGACUUGUCUUAUGUGAUUACACUGCCCUUCUUUGUGUCCUACUAUCUUGGGGGACAUGUGUGGGUCUUUGGCCAAAGCUGGUGCAAGCUAACUCGACUUUUCUUCCAUGUCAACCUUUAUGCCAGCAUUGGCUUUCUGACCUGCAUCAGUGUCCAUCGUUACCUGCAUAUUGUCCAUCCAAUGAAGAUGAUAGGAAGAUGCCAGAACCUUGGCUUUUCUGUCUUUCUGAGUGUUUUGGUCUGGCUCUGGGUCACGAUUCAACUUUCUCCUGAUUUAACUUUUAACAAAAGGGGUCACAUGUCCGACAAGUGCCAUGACUCAACAGAACACAAAUACCUGGAGACUUAUCUGUUAUACUUUCAAAUUUUAACAGUGACUGGCUUUGCUAUUCCUUUCUUCAUUGUCACUGGGUGCUAUUGUCAUGUGGUCCUUGUCCUCAGGAGGAACAAGAACAUGGAUCCUAACCUCAAGCAGAAGAGCAUCAAGCUGGUGAUUAUGGUAAUGACACUUUUCUACGUGUGCUUCCUCCCAUAUCAUAUCUUUAGGAACCUUAACUUCUUGUCUCGAAGAUGGCAAUGUCAGGGAUUUUGCAACCAGACUUUAAAGAAUAUUUAUAUCUUCUACCAAGUGACUCGAGUCUUGGCUAGCCUGAAUAGUGUCCUGAACCCUUUGUUAUACCUGCUGGCCCGUGAGGAUUUAGAAGUGCAAUUGAGGAAAUUUGCUAGAAACAUUAGAUUCAGUCUGAAGACUUCUUUCGAGGACAAACUCCAGCCCCAUUUGGAGUUGAGGCAAUCAAAUAUUAUGCUUGAUAAAGAAUGUGGAGAGACGCUAUCUAGUGAUCUCUGAAUGAUAGUUUUAAUUUAAAGGAACAUAUCAUACAUGCUGACCGUCCGAAUGCUCCUCCCUCUUUUCCAACAUUCCUAUCAUUUGAUGGAUACAGGUAUUAAUGUUUUUCAUAGUUUGAAAAUUGGGGUUGGAGCACAGUUUAGAAGCAUUAUGCAAACGUGCAGAAGAGUGAGAGUGUGGAGUGAGAAUGUAUGGAAUACAAUGGAACAGGUUAUGAAAGAUAAACAACUAAAUUUAUGGGCCUGUAAUUUUAUUAUUUGCCUGAAUUAAUCUUUAACUUGGAUGCAUAGCCCUGCCCUUAUUACUUCAUUAUAUUUCUAUUUUCCAUGGGAGGUCCUCUGAAGAGAUUGGAAUAUUUAAAAGUUGCUGGACUGAAAACAUCAUAUACUGUACAUUAUGUAUAAUAGUACUCCUUUUUCGCUCUGUACAUGUAUGGUGGCAGUAGGAAACCAUACAAGAUUCAAACCAGAAGGUUUAUUGCCAUUAAUGUAUAUCUAUAUACGUAUAUAGUUAU